UUGAAUGCAGUUAUUUUGAUCUGGACCCGUAAAGUGGACCAGUCAUUCUGCAGCUAAAGUGUGGAAGCUUAAUGUCUAUGGCAGAAGUACCUAAUAUGUAUGAUGUGAUCGUUUUGGGCGCGUGGAUUGUGGGCUCAAGUGCAGCUUACCAAUCGCAAAAAUCAGAACUAAGAACUCUCCUUCUUGAGCAGUUUGCAUUGGGUCAUGAAAACGGCAGCUCCCAUGGAGGCAGUAGAGUGAUCCGACACCAGUACGGAAGUUUGUCAGAGUAUGCGGAUUGGAUGCCGGAAGCCUAUCUGGAAUGGGAACAUCUGGAACAAGCCAGUGGGGAGAAAUUACUCAAUCGGACGGGUGGGACAUCGCUCUUCUCCAAAGGGCAGUCGAUCGAAUCUGAUCUGAAAAAUCUGAGAAGCAAUGGAGUGCCACAUGCCGUUUUGACAAGAGAGAAAGCCAUGAUCAAGUACCCAAUGAUGACUUUUGGACCCGAGAUUGAAAAUGUGCUCGAGGAGUCUGCAAUGGGAGCAUUGUAUGCAGAUAAAUGCCUACGGGUUAUAGUAGAACAAUUCAUUGCGCGUGGUGGAGUUUUAAAAGUUGGCAAUCCAGUUAUUUCGAUUGACGAGAACAGAGAGAAUGGAGUGAUAACCAUUGAGACAGAGAAGGAGUCCUUUACGGGCGAAAAGCUGAUCAUAUGUGCUGGCACUUGGAUCAAUCGGCUACUUGAGCCUCUGGGUAAAACAUUGGAUGUUAAGAUCACAAAGAUAACCAUCUGCUACUGGCGGGAGACAGACGAAAGCAGGAAGAUACCAACCACGCAGUUCCAUUGUGAUGCCAACAUGUUCCUCAUACCGGAAAUGGAACAUGAAGGAUGCGUUAAAUUCCUUUUGCACCAUGGCCAUGAGAUCGAAGAUCCCGAAGACAGUAAAAGGACAGACCAAGAGAGAAGGGUUUCGAUCAAGCAAGACAUAGACUGUUUGCAGGAAGCUGUGAAACAGAAGUUUCCGUUUUUGCAUCCAGAGCCAGAAUUUAUAGAUCAUUGCUUAUACACGGUAUCGCCGGACAACCACUUUGUUCUGGACAAACUGCCUGGCUUUGAGAAUAUAGUGGUCGGGUCUGCUUUCUCAGGACAUGGAUUCAAAAUGGCCCCUGUCACCGGAAAAUUACUAAAACAGCUGGCAAUGGGCGAACCUGUGAAAUACAAUUUGAGCAAAAUGAAAAUUCAGCGGCUUCUAGUACCAGUCUGACUGACUUAUAAUCGAUUCAAGUAUUUCCUCAACUUUUGAAUCAUUCUAAAUCUGAAAACAAAAUAAUGUUUGCAAACUUUG